CCCAAACCCUUCUACAAACAAACCCAAAGACCUCCAAAAUCCCUGCCACCAAAAAUGUCCGCCGCCAGGUCUGUCAUCCGUUCCGCGGCCGCCCGAGCAUCCGCGGCAACCAGACUCGCUGGUGCAACCAAGCCUAUGCAGCGACCCGCUUGCUCGCCCUUUCGGAUCUCCAAGCAAAACCCGUUCCCUGCUCGUAUUUUCAGGUCACCGGUGGAGAUGAGCUGCUGUGUAGAAACACUGCUUCCGUAUCACACAGCCACUGCUUCAGCUUUGCUGACUUCCAUGCUUACUGUUUCUCGCCGGGGAUCCGGUUGGACCGCUGAAGGCCUAGACAAGACUAGAUGAAGGACAAGCGCAGAGAGGGAGUGACCUGGAUUUGUUUUUCAUUUUUGAACUUUUUUGGGACUGCUACUGAAUUGUUCUUCAGUGCUUGAGUUGAUCAUAAUUGUGAAAUGGCAAGAGUUUGAAUGAUAUGCUCAAUAAUUUCAUGGUUUUAGAGCCAUCAGAUGAAAUCUUGAUAAGCAUUUUUUAAUUAGUUAGCUGAUUGUUCCUGAAAUUACUGUUAACGUUCUGAAAAGUUAACCAUGUUGUUUUCUUUGUUUUAUGAAUGCUUAGACCUGCUUACUCGUUGACCUA